GUGCCGAUAAAAACAGCAGCUUACAGAAUGAUUUCACGAUACAGCCGGAGGCCAGUAUCGCACAAUUUAGAGAUCCGCGGUAUAUCUCGAAGUAGCUUGGACCCUCAUCCCUUACCAGAGGAGGCAGAUGAUGAUGACUACCUCCCUCAGCAUCUUCUCCAUGACCUGCAGGAGGCUGUGUCCACCUACAACAGCUCGAAUGCAUCAGAUUCUAUGACAGAUAACACAGGCGACACAGCGCGGUCUUGGUCUGGCAUCCCCAGUUACACAAGCACGGAAAUCUCCACUGAGCGCAGCUCUGUUUUCUCCUGGGGCUACGAUGAGUUUGACAAGGCAGCCUCUCGGCAGGUGCAGCAGAUGUUUGAUGAGAUUGAUGAAGAGUUGUAUGAGGGAAGGGGCGGGACUCAGCUCAGGGGACUACAAGACGAGUGUCACCAAUGGGCUUCACGAUUCCCCCACCUCCGGAUCCUUGGGAAGCAGUUGGUGGGCCCGUCAGAUGAAGGGUUCCAAUGGUAUGCCACCUCUGCCAAGGGCACCUCGUCAGCUAAUCCAGUGGGUAUAGAGGGCAAGGACAAAACAGGCACUGAGUUGUGUGUUCAUGGUCGCAGAGCCAUCUUGACCAAGAGCUCUGCUGAACCAGACCAGCCCUCAAAGACACCCAGUGGUCUCCAUGAUGAUGAUCAUCCCAGAGUGAUAGAGGCAGAGGGACUAGUGGAGGAAUACCUGGCCUAUGACUGCACGGACCUUGAUGAGGAGUGGGAGCGAGAGUGUGUAAACUCCUGCAGAAGGAGGACCUGCUUGCCUCCUGUUUCCCCAUAUCGCUGUCGCCGGGAGGCGGUGCUUGACCUAUUGUUUGACGACGUAUGGCGUGAGUUAAUUGGCUGGAUGGAGGAGUUGGUGCGACGGCAUUGGGAGGGCUGCGUGUCAGAUGAUGAGAAGAACGUUGUUGCCCUCAGCCCUGCUCGUCCAGAUUCCCAGAAUCCUUUUCUCCUACUGUCCAGCCUCCCCACAGUGCUUCCCCGUCUUGGCCAACCCAGGAUGCAGCAGCUCCCACAGCCUCAGAACACAAAGUCAAGGGGCUCAAAGCACAAGUCAAGACGGAAAUCCAAAAGACAGAGAAAGCCAUCUACUUCCAGCCGUGUGCCUGUAGGGGCUACAGCGGCACAUCACAACCUGAAUGACCUCAUUAUGAUCCAUGGUAUUCCACUGCAGCAAAGGAACCUGGGAGUCCUGGACAGAGCAGCUCAUGAGUGUGAUGAACGGGUAUCUCAUCGACCAGACUCCAGUAUUGUCCCUUCAGGUAAGCCACGCCCACGCCGUGCCAUCGAACUUAGCACCUCCUCCUUGACUCGUCCUCCUCAGUCUGCACGCCGACGGAACCCCCCACCCCGCACACUGCUGCCUCUGGUUCCCGGCUUGAGUCAGGCCAGCACUGCAGGAUCAAUGGAUGAAGUCAUAAGAGGAACUAGACUUGCCACGCCCAGUGAUCGUCUCGCCUCUCCUUCCAUGCCUCUGAGUAGAAAUACACUCCUCCCUCCCAUUGGCACCAGUGACACAGAGCCCGUAAACACGGGACAACACACACGAUCCACACAGCGUCUGCGGGGAUCCUCCAGUCGGGCACACAGUGCCGUCACAGACGAGGCUGGUGGAAUGUUGUCCAGAGACAGACUGCAUCUACUGGACAUGUUCUCCAGACCAAACACUACACACACAUUCAGGUCAGACACCCCGUAUCGCCGCUCCUUCACUGUCCUGGACAAUAAUGUGGGACAAGGACGCCAAGGCAGGGCAUCAGUAGGCACAGAGUCACUAGGCAUUGGUGUAACAGGCAUCAGCCUGGGGAUUAGCAGCUCUUCCUUCCUAGAUUCAUUUACCCAUCAUCCCCUUGGCAACUCCCCCAUUGAGGAUGAGGAGGAACCAGACACAAAAGCCCCUCCCCCAGCAUUAGUAGUCCCUGCGUCAGUUCAAGCACGCUCCCACAACCGUGGAGGCACAGCACGAAGCAGCAGACUAGGACUCUAA